AUGGCGCAACCUCAGGCCCCCGCCAACUUCAAUGCCGAAGAGGCAGACAACCUCGAAGAUAUCGAGAAGCAGUUCGCCGUCAAGGUGGUGCAGCACAUGCAGACAUACUGGGCCAUCCUGGAGCGCGUCAAGGGCUCAUCACUGCGCCUGACCAAAAUCGACAAUGACAUCCUCGAGCACCUCCAAAAGGACUUCCCCGAGUUCGACCCGGCCGAGACGAUCGACGAGGACAAGAUGAAGAGCAAAGAGGGCAAGCAGCGAUGGCGCGACUUCAUGAUGGUGUACGAAAAGAAGGUGGACGACUACAACUUUGGCACGAUGUUGCGGACAAACGCGAAGUCGGAGUACGGCCAGGAGGAGACCAUUUUCGUGCCUAGGAUGCAGUUUUACGCCGUAGAGAUUGCUCGAAACAAGGCGGGGCUGAACGACUGGAUAUACGAGCAGGCCCAAAAAGAGAAGGCGGCCAAGUCUAGUGCAUGA